AUGGGCAUGGCCAAUUUAGAGUAUAGUAUACUAGCUUUCGCUUUUAAAACGCUAUCAUCUUAUUCUCGUCUUCUGGAGUUCGGCGAAGCCCUGAAAAAUAUAAAAUAUGAUGUCAUCGGGCUCGCCGAAAUCAGACGCUUGGGUAACUCUAUAGAAGAAUACGAAGACUUCAUUCUAUACUACAUAGGGCAAACACCAGGCUUGUAUGGUGUGGGGUUUCUUGUGCAUAAACGUCACAAGGCGAACAUUAUAUAUUUCAAAGGAAUUUCAGAACGAGUCGCUCUACUUCAGAUAAAUGUCGACAAUACAGUUAUAAGCAUAAUACAAUGUUAUGCUCCAACAGAAUCAGCUAAAGAAAAAGAGGUCGAGCUAUUUUAUAAAAACGUAAACAAAGCACUAAAAACAAGUGGAAAACAUUUAAUAGUUAUGGGCGACUUCAACGCAAAAAUUGGCCAGCCAAAACAGGCGGAAAACUUAAUCACGAAAAGCUAUGGCUAUGGCCAUAGAAAUAGAAGAGGAGAAAAACUCAUACAAUUUGCAUGUGAAAAUAAAUUGGCAAUUUUAAACACCUUUUUUAAAAAGAAAAAUAAUAGAAGAUGGACUUGGAGAUCACCGAACGGCAAGGUAAAGAACGAAAUCGACUACAUACUAACUAAUCUCGAAAAAUAUGCUCAAGAUAUACAGGUGAUUAAUAUUAAAUAUCCUAGUGACCAUAGAUUGGUUAGAGCUACAUUCACACUGCAGUCUAAAAGGAAGAACAGAAAAUCGUAUGGAGGUAAUGUAAAAAAUACUUUGAAAAAUGAACAGCAAGUACAAUCAUAUAAAGACUCGCUUUAUGACAAUUUGGCAGAGCUAGCUAACAAACAACAUAGUUAUACAGUACAAGAAUUAUACAGCAAAAUUGCUGCCGCAAUUAACAUUAGCCUCAAAACAGCUCAAGAAGUAUCUAAACACAAGGAUACAGACUCUAUUAUAUCAGCUCGCACUAGACUCUUAAUGUUACGGCGACAAUACCUCCAAAAUACUAAACCGAAGACACGAACUAUGAAAAAUGAGCUUAAAGCCCUCUACAAACUUAUAAGCAAAUAUAUCAGAAAUGAUUAUGACACACAUCGUAAAAAGACAAUUGAAAAACAUAUUAUACAAUACGGAAGUUUAAAGAGAGCUAAUAAAGAAUUAAGAUCACAUAAAACCUGGAUAGAGGGACUAAAAGCUUCUAAUAAAACAACUUACGAGAGGAAAGAAAUACUAAAAGUUGCAACAAAUUUCUAUAGAGAAUUAUAUGAUUAUGAAAAUGAGGAGCCGCCAUCAAUAUCAACUAUAAUAAGUGAAAUACAAUCAAAUAUACAAGAUGUAGACGAAACAGAAGUAAUGAAUGGAAUUGCUAGUUUGAAGUUGGAUAAAAGCCCGGGACCUGAUAAGAUUACCAAUGAAGCCCUGAAACUAGGAAGUCCCUACCUAAAGACCCCUUUAACACAGCUCUUUAAUAUGGUGCUGAAAACGGCAAAUAAAAAAGAAUUAAAAGUACAAUUGAAAAACAUCAACCAGUGGAACAGGCAGGCUUUAGAAGAGGUUUCUCUACUGUAG